GUGAUUAUAAAAAAAAAAUAAACAAAAGACUGAUAAAGUUUAUUUUAACCACUUUCUCUUAUUGUAACUCAAAAAAACAUAAACUCAAAUGGAAAUGGAAACUGAUGUUCGGGUUAAAACAGCUACAAAGUGUUGUACAAGACGUUGGUUACAAUAUGCCGCUACACUUGCAGCUACGUUGUCGAUGUUCUCAUCUGGUAUGCAUUUCGUAUGGGCAUCACCUUCACUACCAAAACUGUACGCCAAUGAUUCAUCAAUACCAAUUACACUGGAUCAAGGAUCGUGGUUAGCCUCAAUUAGUUUAAUCGCAGAAUUACCCGGUUCACCAUUGGGUGCAUUCUCUGCAGAAUAUUUUGGUCGUAAAAAUGCGAUCUUAUUAACAGCAAUACCAUAUUUAACAGCAUGGAUAAUGAUUAUUCUUGCAAACAAUGUAACAACACUUCUAGUUGCAAGAUUUAUUGUGGGUAUUGCGGACGGUUCUACAUAUACAAUUUUACCCAUGUAUAUAGGGGAAAUUGCCGAAGAUGAUAUACGUGGUAAAUUAGGUAAUAGUAUUACAAUGAUGAUGGACUUUGGUGCUGUGUUUAUUUAUAGUGUGGGUCCAUGGGUAUCAAUUAAAGCAAUGGCGGGAAUUGCAUCGGUAUUUCCAUUGAUCCUAAUUGUGAUAUUUAUGUGGAUGCCAGAAACACCAUAUUAUUUAUUAAUGAAAGGUAAAAAAGUGAAAGCGAAAAAAUCACUAAAAGCCUUCCGUGGUUUUGAAAAUGUCGAUGAAGAAUUUGAUGAAAUGAGUGCCAUAGUUGAUGAACAAAUGUCACAUAAAUCAAAAUGGAGUGAAUUAUUUUUUGUACGCAGUAACUUUAAAGCAUUAUGUAUUUUACUUGGUUUAAAAACCGUUCAACAGAUGUCCGGUGUAUCAGCAUUUUUAGUCUAUUCAGAAAUUAUUUUCCAAAAAGCCGGUGGUUUAAUUUCUGGUGAAAUUUGUGCAAUUAUUUUUGGUUUUGUUCAAUUUUUAUCAAGUUUAUUCUGUACAUUAGUUGUGGAUCUCUUUGGACGGCGAAUUCUUUUAAUGAUUUCCGCAGGAGGAUGUUUUUUUGCACUUGUUGCACAAACCGCAUAUUUCUAUAUCCAAUAUAAUAUUAAUCCACAGAUCGAAGAGGAAUACGGCUGGGUUCCACUUACAUGUAUGUUAUUCUAUGUAAUUAUGUAUAGUUUAGGGUUAGGUGCUAUUCCAAUGAUGGUUCCUAGUGAAUUAUUCCCAACGAAUAUUAAAGCAAAAGCGUUAUGUGUUAUGGAUUUAUAUUUAGCUAUGGCAGCUUUCGUAACAACAAUCUUCUAUCAAAGUUUAGCUGUUAAAUUUGGUGAUCAUAUACCAUUCUCAAUAUUUGCAAUUUCAUGUGUAAUCGGAAUUACAUGGAUCUACUUUUGCGUACCCGAAACAAAAGGUCGUUCACUCGAAGAAAUUCAAGAAAUUUUGAAGGGUACAUAUCAAAAACAACCACCAUUAAAUGAAAAAGAAAUGGAACCAUUGAAGAAAUAACGUAAUUUGUAAAUUAAAUUGUUAAAAAAGGUUUCAUUUAAUAUGAUUUUGAUUGUUAAAAAUAAUAAAAUUCGCGUGGACUAUUUGUUGUAGAAAAAUAAUUAAUUUUGCAUAUAGUAUUAUUUUAGAAUGUGAUCUUUUGACUUUCGACAUAUUCGAGAUAUUUUUUUUAAUUACCAAGAACAGUAAAUAUUUUUUAUUUUUAAAAAGAAUUCGAGACGAAGUAAUUAUGUCAAUGUGGAAAAUUUCUUUUAAUGAAUUCUAUCAGUUAUAAAUACUUUGAACUGAAUCAGGUGCCUUAUAAAUAGGGAAUGAAUCCCAUAAUCGUUGGAGGUCCUCUUCAUAUGAACUUCCAUUCUCUCGUUUCAAUGAGAGAAAUAUCUUCAUAUUCGCCAGAUGCAAUCAUCCAAGAAAUACGGUGCUCUUAAAAUCAGAUGCCUUAAGUUUGGGAAUGUCUAUUAUGGUCUGAGAGACGGUAUAAGAUGGUUUUUCACGCAUCUGAUAAGCAGAUGAGACAUAUUUUUUAUAAAAUUAUAUUG